GAUACUAAUACCUACUUUGGCGACCCUGCCACUCUUCCCGAUGAUGCCGAGUACGUUACCACAGCACCCUGGGUAACAUACCCAUACGCGAGGGGCCACAUUCAUGCUACUGGGCCGAGUAUAGAUGAUGAGUACGACUUCACCACUGGGUGGCUACUUGACGAGAAUGAUAUCGACCUGAGGAGCCACAUCUGGGGGUACAAGACACAACGAGCCAUCGCCCGUCGAAUGGAAAUCUUUCGAGGCGAGCUCGCACUGGGGCACCCUAAGUUCGCUAACACAUCGAGCGCCGCUGUCAUCGAGGUGGCCGAAGGACCGGUCACUGAUUCGAUUGAGUACUCUAUCGAAGACGAUGCUGCAAUCAUCCAGUACGUUCGUGAAAACAUCGGGACAUCAAGACAUCCUCUUGGUACCUGCAAGAUGGCGCCCCGGGAGAAUCGAGGGGUUGUCGACCCCAGCCUGAACGUCUACGGCGUGUCCGGGUUGAAGGUUGCGGAUCUCAGCGUGCCAUCUCAGCAAGUCGCUGCUAAUACUUACAAUGCUGCACUGCUGGUGGGGGAGAAGGCUGCAGAGAUCAUCAUCACAGAGUUAGGACUCUGA